AUGCUGCGCCGCAAGCCAUCCAAUGCCAGCGACAAGGAGCAGGCGCAGAAGAAGAAGCUCUCCCUGCAGCGCUCCAGCAGCUUCAAGGAUUUCGGCAAGGCCAAGCCCAGCUCCCCCGUGGUGAGCGAGAAGGAGUUUAACCUGGAAGAGAAUAUUCCUGAGGAUGACCUGGCCAAUGCACCCCCUGAUGACACUGGGAAGAGCAGUGGCAUGAAGCUGGGCAAGAAGUGGAGAGCUGUCAUCUCCCGCACCAUGAACAGGAAGAUGGGCAAGAUGGCGGUGAAGGCGCUGGCUGAGGGGAAGGGAGAAGUGGGGGAGGAGGGCUCCAUGUCCCCCAUGUCGCUGGACGGCAGCCUGGAGGAGCCAGGCCUCGAGAAGAUGCCCUUGUCGUACGUGGAGCUGGAAGAGGAUGUGCACACACCACUCAGCCGCCAGACAUCCAGUGGGAGUGAACUGGGCUGCACCAGUCCCUGCACCACAGGCAGCAAUCGUGACAGCGUGAGGCUGGAGGAGCCCAGCCUGCCCUACAGUGGCCCUUUCUGCGGGAGAGCCCGGGUCCAUACAGACUUCACGCCCAGCCCCUACGACAAGGACUCAUUGAAGCUGCGGAAAGGGGACAUCAUCGGGAUCAUAGAGAAGCCCCCCGUGGGCACCUGGACGGGGGUGCUAAACAACAGAGUGGGCUCCUUCAAGUUCAUCUAUGUGGACAUCAUCCCCGAGGAGCCGGUGCCAGCCCGCAAGAGCCGGGUGCAGAGCAAGAGCAAGCGGCCCAAGCCCAAGACCUUACACGAGCUGCUGGAGCGCAUAAACCUAGAGGAGCACAUCUCCACCUUGCUACUGAAUGGCUACCAGACACUGGAGGACUUCAAGGAGCUGCGGGAGACCCACCUGAAUGAGCUAAACAUCAUGGACCCCCAGCAUCGUGCCAAGCUGCUCACAGCUGCUGACCUGCUGCUGGACUAUGACACGGCCAGUGAGGCUGAGGAAGGAGAGAGCUCGGAGCUGCAACCUUCCCCCUCAGACCCCAAAGGGGACAUUCCCCGCGACUCUGGCUGCUUCGAAGGAUCUGAGACACUGGAGAGCGGCCGGGACGAGGCAGAGCUGAACAGCACAAAGGAGCAACUUCAGGCCUUCUCUCUAGAAGAGUCCUUCUGAGCUUGCCCCCUCCUUGCCCCAACCUUCCCAGCACUACCCCACCUCAGGGACUUAGCCUGCAGAGCAGGGAGGACAGGACACCCCAAGGGCACUCUCUACCCCCCUGACCAACAUCUGGGGAGAUUCCUGGACCACAGGUGACCACCCCCUGCUCGGGACAGUCACGUGAGCCCUGCAGGGGAAGACGCUGGGGCUGUUUUAUGGUUCCACGGGGCAGCUGCCGAGGUCCCCACCCCAGGAUACAUCUCCCCUUUGGGAACUGCACAGGACCCCUCUCUGCGCUCCUGUCAAAGACAAAGGACCUGCUUCUGCAAAUAGCUCAGCCUUCAGCCUCCAGCCUCUCCAUUAGAAACUCCAGUCUCAGAGCCUGUGCAUUAGCCACGAACGGGUGUUUGUCUGCCCCUCUGCCUGGCACCCACCGUCAUCUGCCCACACCCUCUGCCUGGCCUUACCAAAUGGCCGAGGCCUCAGUCAGCAGGACACCCUUUGAAUAGGAAGGAUCCAGGAAGUUCCUGGGCAAUGCAAAGCCAAGCAGUUUAGCUAAGAGGGCUGUGCAAUGGGAGAUGCCCACUUGCAGCUGAAGCUUUCAAGCAUCAGAGGCUCUUUGCGACGGAGGCUACAGGUAACCUAGGAUCUGGUGCUAACAAGGCAAGGGAGCCGGGCACCAAACAAGAACUGAGACCGUUGUGUUUCUAACGCAAGUCUGGGGGUGGUGGAGGGGGGAAAGGCAACAGAACAGGGCGAUGGGUGCCACACAGGAUCCUCACCACUCAAGACUCAGUAAGCGCUGAGAGCAGGAGUCUGUAGCCUCCCAAGCUGGCAUUUCUCAGCAUGGGGCGAGUCCCUUGCGGGGCAGAGCCUAGCCAUGUGGGGACCAGCUUGGCCAAAAAGCAGAGGGUUUGGUUCCAGGGGCUUUGCUGCUCCUUAUCACAGAACAUUGAGUUACUAGAAAUAUGGCCAGGCUGCAGCAGCUCCCCCCUGCCAAAGGCCUGGGCCAGCUCACUGCAGCAACUGACCAAGCCAUCGCUCCAUCCUGCCACACCCACUGGGGCCAACCUGGCUCAGGCCAGCGGCAACUUGUUUGGGAAGGUGGAAGGAAAGGCAGCACUCUGUGUCAGAAAGGCCCUGCAUUGUGCUCACAGCAUUCCCCAGUGUCAGUCCAUUCUGCCUUCGUGUGGGCAGAGUCCUCACUUUGCAGCAGGUGCUGUGCAUCAGAACAGCUGCCUUGGGAAGGCACACAUCCAGUGUGCCCAGAGGAAGCCGAUACUGAGUUGGUUUGUUUGAAACGAUCCUUGAGCAGUUAUGGGCCCGGAGACUGAGCAGCAAGAGCCCCCUGUGCAGAAGAGAACAGGGGCGUCCCCAACAAGAAUUCAUGUGUUCCCUACAGAGCCCACACCCCUGCUCAGGGCUGUCCCUGACAGACUAACACUGCAGCGUUGGGGCCAGGGCUGGCUCCAGACACCAGCUUAAUAAGCAGGUGCUUGGGGCAGCCAAGGGAGAGGGGCGGCACUUGCGGCAAUUUGGUGGCAGCAGGUCCCUCACUCACUCUAGGAGCAAAGG